ACAUCCCUUUUCGAUGUUGUUGUUUUGAGGGAGUUGAUCUCUGUUGGUGGGUUUUCCUCGUUGAGGAAUGAAGACCAGAUCAACAAAGAGGGGCUCGGUGACCUUGUGCUGGGGUCUGGUGGCUCUCUGCACCUUACUCACUCUGGGACAAACUAACGCUGAAAUAUGUCACGGUCUGGAUAUCAGAAAUAAUGUUGGGGACCUGCAGCAGCUGGAGAACUGCACCAUAAUCGAAGGUUACCUUCAAAUUCUCCUCAUCUUUAAUUCUAAAGUGGAAGAUUUCCGUGGCCUUCGAUUCCCAAAACUGACCGUGAUCACAGAUUACCUGCUGCUUUACCGAGUGUCUGGGCUGGAGACACUGCGAGACCUCUUCCCAAACCUUGCUGUCAUCCGGGGCAUACAGCUGUUCUUCAACUACGCUCUGGUCAUCUUUGAAAUGACUCACCUCAAAGAGAUUGGGCUCUACAGCCUCCAGAAUGUAACGCGGGGCGCGGUUCGGAUUGAGAAAAAUCCAGAUUUGUGCUACUUGUCCACUAUAGACUGGUCCUUCAUCCUGGAUUCUGUGGAGAAUAACUACCUUGAUCGGAAUAAACAGCCGAGUGAAUGCGGAGAUGUCUGCCCGGGAGCUAUGGAAGAUAGUCCUCUUUGCACAAAGACAAGUGUGAACAACCAGUAUAACUACCGUUGCUGGACUGCCAACCACUGCCAAAAAGUGUGCCCAAAGGAGUGUGGCAAGCGUGCUUGCACGGACCAAGGCGAAUGCUGUCAUGAAGAGUGCCUGGGGAGUUGUACAGCCACCCAUGACAACAGGGCCUGCGUGGCCUGCCGCAACCUCUACCACGAAGGCCAGUGCCUGGCCACCUGCCCUCCCGGGACCUACAAGUUUGAAGGCUGGCGCUGUGUGACCAAGGAAUUUUGUGCAAAAAUCCCUGGAGAGAAUCCCAAGGAUCAGUUCUCAAUCCACCAAGGAGAGUGUCUGCCCAUCUGUCCGUCAGGAUUCACUCGCAACGGCAGCAGUAUGAUCUGCACACCUUGCGAUGGUCUGUGUCCCCAGGUGUGCUCAGUGGAUACAAAGACCAUUGAUUCUGUCACUGCUGCCCAGGACCUGAAGGGAUGUACUGUCAUUGAUGGAAAUUUGAUUAUCACAAUCCGGAGAGGAAAUAAUAUAGCUGCUGAGCUGGAGGCCAAUCUCGGGCUGAUAGAAACCAUUACCGGAUAUGUAAAAAUCCGACAUUCAUACGCCCUCGUGUCACUCUCUUUCUUCAAGAGUUUGCGCUAUAUCAAUGGGGAAGAACAAACUGAAGGGAACUACUCUUUCUUUGUGCUGCACAAUCAGAACUUGCAGCAGCUGUGGGACUGGAGCCGUCAUAACCUGACGAUCAAACAGGGCAAGAUAUACUUCGCUUUCAAUCAAAAGCUGUGCCGGUCGGAGAUCUCCCGUAUGGAGGAGGUCACUGGUGUGAAGGGGAGACAGGGCACGAAUGACAACCAGGAUAGGACUAAUGGAGACCGGGCUUCAUGUGAAAGCCACAUUCUUAAGUUCACGGAUAAUAUCACAGCCAAGAACAGAAUAUUACUGAAAUGGGAACAUUAUCGUCCUCCAGAUUACAGAGACCUCAUCAGCUUCAUAGUGUACUACAAGGAAGCUCCCUUUCAAAAUUUGACAGAGUAUGAUGGACAGGAUGCCUGUGGCUCCAAUAGCUGGAGCAUGGUGGAUGUAGAUCUUCCCAAGAGCAAAACCCAGGAGCCAGGAGUCUACUUGCAAAAUCUGAAGCCUUGGACUCAGUAUGCCAUCUUUGUCAAAGCCAUCACUCUCACCACCUCCGAAGAUGGACGUAACCACGGGGCAAAGAGUGAAAUCAUCUAUGUGAAAACAAACGCUUCUGCGCCCUCUGUCCCUCUGGAUGUGCUGUCUGUGUCCAACUCCUCAACCCAGCUGGUGGUGAAGUGGAAACCCCCUGCCUUUUCCAAUGGGAACAUCACUUAUUACUUGGUGCGUUGGCAGCAGCAACCAGAGGACGUAGAGCUUUACAAGCACAACUACUGCCACAAAGGUCUGAAGCUGCCAAAUAGACAUCCAGCUGUAGGGACGAUCGACCUGGAUGAUGAAUCCCAUUCCAAAGAGUCGGAGAAAGUUGGCCAAGGACUAUGCUGCAUGUGCCCAAAAACCCAGGCCGAACUAGACGCUGAGGCGGAGGAAGUCAUGUUCCAGAAGAUGUUUGAGAAUUUUCUGCACAACUCGAUCUUCAUGCCAAGGCCGUUCCGUAAACGCAGGGACACCUUUGGAGUGGCAAAUGCCACGUUACCGGUUAAUAACACGGCUGAGCAUACCGCUAACCAUUCAGACUCUGAGAGGAAGCAAGACUACCCUUUCUAUGAGACCAAAGUCUGGUUAAAGGACAGGACUGUGAUUUCAAACCUACGUCAUUUCACCAUGUAUCGUGUAGACAUUCACGCCUGCAACCACGAGGCUCUGAAACUGGGCUGCAGUGUUUCCACGUUUGUGUUUGCGAGGACCAUGCCAGCAGAUAAAUCUGACAAUAUACCUGGACCAGUGAUCUGGGAGGCUGGAGAUGAUGAAAAUAGCGUUUACAUUAAGUGGCCAGAACCAGUCGAUCCAAAUGGACUCAUCCUGAUGUACGAAGUGAAGUAUAACCGCGGGGACAACGAGGUCCAACAAAAAUGUGUUUCCAGACCACAAUACAAGAUCCACAAUGGUGGCUGUAAACUGGACCGUCUCAGCCCCGGCAAUUACACCGCGGAGGUCAGAGCCACCUCCCUCUCGGGAAAUGGAUCUUGGACUGAGCCAGUGAUGUUCUACAUCAAGGCCAAGCCACCUGUACCUGAUAAUCUCUUACAGUUGAUAAUAGCAUUGCCCAUCGCAGUGCUGCUGGUGAUUGCAGGCCUAAUUAUCACAUUAUAUUUCUUCAACAAAAAGAGAAAUAAUGACAGGCUUCCAAAUGGAGUGCUGUAUGCGUCUGUGAAUCCGGAAUAUUUCAGCGCUGGAGAUAUGUACGUGCCAGAUGAGUGGGAGGUUCCCCGUGAGAAAAUCACCAUGAACCGAGAGUUGGGCCAAGGGUCCUUUGGGAUGGUCUAUGAGGGCCUGGCCAAAGGUGUGGUGAAGGAUGACCCGGAGACAAGAGUUGCGAUUAAGACAGUGAAUGAGUCGGCCAGUAUGCGCGAGCGCAUAGAGUUCCUCAAUGAAGCUUCGGUGAUGAAGGAAUUUAAUUGCCAUCAUGUGGUUCGCUUGCUCGGUGUGGUAUCCCAGGGCCAGCCGACGCUGGUUAUCAUGGAACUGAUGACUCGUGGAGACCUAAAGAGCUACCUACGCUCGCUGCGCCCGGACGCAGAGAAUAACCCGGGGCAGCCGCCACCAACCCUGAAGAAAAUGAUUCAGAUGGCAGGCGAGAUCGCUGAUGGAAUGUCUUACCUCAACGCUAACAAGUUUGUUCAUAGAGAUUUAGCGGCUCGAAACUGUAUGGUGACAGAGGACUACACUGUAAAGAUUGGAGAUUUUGGGAUGACGAGAGAUAUCUAUGAAACUGAUUAUUACCGGAAAGGGGGUAAGGGACUACUGCCUGUUCGAUGGAUGUCACCAGAGUCGCUGAAGGAUGGGGUCUUCACAACACACUCUGAUGUCUGGUCAUUCGGAGUUGUGCUGUGGGAGAUUGCCACUUUGGUGGAGCAGCCGUACCAGGGCAUGUCAAACGAGCAGGUCCUGCGCUUUGUGAUGGAGGGGGGGUUACUGGAGAGACCAGACAAUUGUCCUGACAGCCUGUUUGAGCUCAUGAGACUGUGCUGGCAAUACAAUCCCAAGAUGCGUCCUUCCUUCACGGAAAUCAUUGAGAGCAUUAAAGACGACCUGGAACCCACCUUCAAAGAGGUCUCAUUCUUCUACAGCGAAGAUUACAAACCCCAUGACACCGAGGAGUUUGAAGCCGAAGACAUGGAAAACAUUCCUCUGGACCCUUCAUCCGCAAUCCAAAACUCCGACAAGCACUCAGGACACAAAUUGGAAAACGGACCAGGCGUUGUCCUUCGUUCCAGCUUUGAAGAGAGGCAGCCGUACGCUCACAUGAACGGGGGGAGGAAGAAUGAGAGAGCGUUGCCUUUGCCCCAGUCAACGGUCUGUUGAUCCUCCAGAAAAAGGCGAAAGUAAUACAAUACAAAACCUACUGUACCUCAGUGGAUCACAAACUGCCAUUGCUGCACAGUGGAGAGGCUUCGUUUAAUCACCACACAAAUUAUUUUUUCAUAUGCAAACAGUUUUUUUCCCUAAAAAAGCUGAUAAUGCCAGAGAGCGUGAGCCAAACCCAAGGCUCAACUGAUCACUCGAACUUUGGCAUCUUGCUGCUUCAUAGUCUAAGCAUAUCUGCCAUUGAGUUGAAUGGAGAAGCACUGUUCAUUGGAACGCCAGCCAGGCUCCUUACUGUUGAGCCUUGGCUUAUCACUACAGGUCUUUAUAUAUAUAUAUUUUUUACAGAUCUGAUCCUUGACUGAUUGUUCUGGAACUUGCAGUGCAUUUCUUGUCUGGAGUUCGUCCUCUCUCGCUCUCUCUCUCUCUCUUUCACUCACACCGCUGCCAAAUUUUGCCAAAUUUUAGAAAGAAAAGUUUGUUUUUUCUCUCUUAUCUACUUCGAUUCCUAGAAAAGCAAGAAAAUCAAGCAAGUGUUUCAUUGGGGGCGGGGAAAGAAAAUCUCAUCGACCAACCAGUUACAUCAAUCGACACUGGGAUCUACAUAAUCUUACUUACUCUCUCCCCCUCCCCCCAAACUUCUCAUUAUCGUCGAAUUUCAGCAACGUCUUGGGGAAAGGUACGAGUGAGUCACCGUUCCCGUUCACACACUUACAUUUCACGGGAGAACACAUGGAGGACUGAGGUGCCUAUUUAGGUGCGAAGGAACAGCAGAAAGAAACCACGAGCAGUUAAGUUCUGUGUUCUCCAGAGUGUUCAGCGAUUACUGUUAUUCUAGUGUAGAACGGUCUUACAGUUCUAUGUUUGACCAUCAAUCCUUUGCAUACACCCCUUGUUAGUUUCACUUUUGUAACUUUUUUUAUGGUUCACCUAUCCAUCUGUCUAUACAGAGAAGCUGCUAUAUAUUUUUUUCUUAACUCCGGGGAUGAAUUCUACAUUACUUUCAGGUCUGUUUACCCCCCCGCCCCUACUUUGCUUUUUGUUUGUUCUUCAAGACAGUUUCUAAUGCUUUGUACUAUAGUGUAAAAUUAUUUUUUAUGAAUUAUUUCCCCCCCCCC